ACAGUUUAAUCAUCUAUGCUUAAUAAAUAAUAAAUAAAAACGAUGAUUUGAUUGGAUCUAAAAAGAGACAGAAGAAGAGACAGAAGAGAGAGAGACACAGAAACAAAAUUUUAUAUCUCUUUCUCUCUUUUUAUACAUUUAAUAAAGAUCAUUAUUGAGUGAGACUUAUUGGCAUGACUGAAAAUGUCUGAUACAACACAACCAAGCAAUACUACGCCUACUGAUCAGCAAGAUCCAUCUGAAGAUAACUCAAAUAACCAAACACAAGAUAAUAAAAAGAAACCUCGCACUGGACCUAAAAGACGAAAAGUAACACAUGCUUGUGUUUACUGUAGACGUUCACACAUGACCUGUGAUGAAGGUCGCCCUUGUCAACGUUGCAUCAAGCGAAGUAUUGGACAUUUAUGCCAUGAUGAAGUAAAAACACCCAAUAACUCUGCUUCUUUACAACAACAACAGCAACAGCAACAGCAACAACAAUUAAACAACCCGAGAUCGGAUAUACCGGCUAGCCUGAACGGUAACUAUGCAUCAUUAUCUACUAUGGCUCAGGCAAACGUGCUGGGAUCUGGUAGUAACCUCGGAGGACUCCCGCUUCAGUUUUAUGGACAGAUGGGAGCUGGACAACUCACGUUUGCCAGUGAACAAAUGGGAAAUGAAAUAUCAGUGAUCAGUGAUUUUUUGGAUUCGUUAGGUGCAAACGGAGACGUUCAAGGAAUGUAUGCAGCCAGAAAUAACAACAACAACAGCAAUAGCAAUAAUAACAGUAACAAUAAUACCAACAAUAACAGUAACAACGCAGCAUCUAAUGCCACAGUCAAUAACACCGAACGCUUUUUCCUUACAGCAGCUGACCCGUCUGAUGGGAAACUAGAAGACAGGUUGACAGAGGUGAUCAAUGCAAAAUAUGAGGCUGGUUUUCUCAAGCCUUAUAAUUAUGUCAAUGGUUAUGCUAGACUUCAAAAAUAUAUGGAUAACAACAUGUCUGCCUCCAGUCGACAGCGUAUAUUGAAUGUCAUGGGAACAUUCCGUCCUGCAUUUAGAUCAGUUGCUCAGUCACUGACGGAUAUUGAUUUAAUACUGGUUGAAGAAGCAUUUGAACGAUUGCUUUUGGAUUAUGACCGAGUGUUUAGCUCGAUGGGUAUACCUGCAUGUCUUUGGCGUCGUACUGGUGAAAUAUAUAAGGGCAAUAAGGAAUUUGCCGCAUUGGUCAAUGUUCCUAUCGAGAAUUUAAGAGAAGGUAGACUAUGUAUUUAUGAAUUAAUGGCCGAAGAAUCAGCUGUGAAUUACUGGGAGAAAUAUGGAAAUAUUGCAUUUGAUCCUGGUCAAAAGGCUGUCUUAACAUCAUGCCUAUUAAAAAGCCCAGAUCCAGAAAAUACAAGUGUGAUUUCAUGCUGUUUUUCAUUUACGAUUCGUAGAGACAAAUAUAAUAUUCCAACUGUCAUCGUUGGAAACUUUUUACCGAUUCAAUUACAAUAACAAUAGUAGUAGUAGUAGUAGUAG